UCAAUUUUCAGGAAAAUAUAGACAAUGGCAGGAGUAAAGAUUAUUCUAAUAAUUCUAGCUUUUCAUAUGCUAGUAGCAUUGUAUUUUCCUGCUGUCGAAAGCAAAAGAGGAAAGAAAGCUGGCCCUGGGCGAGGCCGCCCUCAAAAGAAAGGGGGAAAAUCUUAUAUUUACGGGCCAGUAGGGCGGGGAAAGGGACCACAUGGGGGGAAAAAACGACCUGCACCAAAAAGCCCAGGAAAGUCGAGGAUACAAGAUGAUUUCUUCGACAGUGCAGACGAUUGGAACAGACAGGGUCGCAGUGGAAAGUUUGCAAACUCGAAGUGGGGAUAUAAUUCAUAUUUCACAGACUCCAGAAAUACUUUUCACAACCCGUAUUUCCACAUAUUUUCGAGCAACGAUGAUUUUGAGUGGACGAGAGAGUUUGGUUGGCAUCAGACCUCAGAUACAGAAGACGAAUAUCACCAAUCAGAAGAAACUACAACAGAGGCAUCGGUUUUUACGACAAAAUCUCCGACAACAGGUCAAUCACGACCUGCAUGGAGAAGUGAAGGCAGCUUCACAGGUGACAUCAAACUAAAAUGCCUAAAGAAAAAACCAAAGAAAAAUUGUGGUUACGGAAUUGUACAAAUAUACCACAAGGAAAUGGAAAGUUGGGGCACGAUAUGUGGAGAUAGUUGGAGUCCUAAUUCAGCAAAAGUUGUUUGCAAAUAUUUGAAUUACAGAACAGGUAAGGCUUUGCAAUUGGGUGCAAAAAAGAUUCCAGGGGAACUGAAAUAUUCUGCAAAGUAUCUUCGUAAGCUUCAAUGUCGAGGUGAAGAAUGGAGCUUGACAGAUUGCUUUGGGGAAAAAGUAAAACAAAAUUAUACUUGCAAGAAAGAAAAAUUAGCAGCAGUUAAAUGCUCAGGAUAUUUAGGUCCAAAAAAAGAUUCUGGAUCUACUGGAGUUACAUGCAAAAUGUCAGAAAUGAAUUGUAAAUUAGGCGAUCGAUGUAUCACACCAACAUACGUUUGUGAUGGAAUGAGUGACUGUCCUUGGGGAUCUGACGAAGAGAAUUGCAACAGUGAAAAUUGCAACAAAGAUCAAUACUGGUGUGGUCCGUCGGGAGGUGGAUGUAUAUCGAACGAAUUUUUAUGUGACGGAGAACCGGAUUGUAUUGACAAAAGCGAUGAAAGAGAAUGUGAACGUUUCCUGGAAGCAUUCACAAAAACCGACGGCAGAAAGUUACGCACGCGAAAGUCAGAAGUUGAAUGGACGAACAUGAAUGCUUACAUGUGUGCACAAAAAUGCAAAGAGGAAACAGAAUUUGUGUGUGCGUCAUUUGAUUUCAACAAGAAAUCACAAAUAUGUCUUCUGUACUCUCCAUCGGCGCCAAAAGAAUUAAAAAAAUCCAAGAAAUGGGUUCAUUACAAGCUUCGGGAAAUCAGAGAAGAUUGCGCUGCAGACCACAAGUACAGAUGCAAGGAUAGAGUUUGUAUUGCCUAUAACCAAGUUUGUGAUUCCACAAAUGAUUGUGAAGGCGGCGAAGACGAAUCUGAAUGCGAACCAAUGAAAAUUCGCUUGAGAGGAGGAUCGGGACCAUUUGAGGGGCGUGUUGAAGUCUCGAAAGGACUGCAAUUUGGCCUUAUUUGUGACACAAAAUGGACUAUUCGAGAAGCAAACGUGGUCUGCCGUCAAUUGGGGUACAGUAGGGGAGCCUCGGAAGCAUUGAACGGUGGUAGUUUUGAGAGAAGCACCAGAGGGUACAAGUUGGAUAACGUGCGUUGUAUCGGGAGAGAAUCAAAUCUUGAAGAUUGCAGAGAUGCUGGAUGGGGAGAAACAAAAUGCAGAGUCGAUCAUGAAGCAGGCGUUGUCUGCCUUACGGAUGAAACAACCACUGUUUUGACGACGACCCCAAUACCAGCAUCAACUGCUGCAACAACUACGCCAACAACCAUUGCAACAACUACGCCAAUAGUGAAUAACUGCGGCGUGAAACCACCAGAAAGUCUCGUGGAAGCUCCACAAGCGCGAGUUGUCGGUGGUUCAGGAGCUAAUCCGCAUGAGUGGCCUUGGCAGGCGGGAAUUUGGUUACCUUGGACCUACUGGUGCGGAGGAUCGCUAAUUCACCCUUGUUGGGUACUCACGGCUGCCCACUGUUUCGAACGUAAAUAUCCUCUAAAAUACUACACCAUACGCCUGGGUGAUCAUGUCACAGGAACAGACGACGGCACAGAACAGGAGUUCAAGAUAGGUGAACUAUUCAAACUUGAAUAUAACUCAACUACUAAAGAACACGAUAUGGCUCUGAUAAAGCUUGAAUCUAAAACUGGAGAAUGCGCACAACUUACAGAUGCCGUUCAACUAAUAUGUGUUCCAAAAUCUCCAGAGCAGUUUAGCGAAAAGACAAUAUGCCACGUUACAGGCUGGGGAAAAUUAUCAGCAAAAUCCACAAGAACAUAUACUCCAAUUCUUCAAGAGGCGGCUGUACCCCUCAUAUCGGACAAGAAAUGCAAGCGUGAAAGCGAAUACAAAAAUCUAUUAAAAAAAGACAUGAUGUGUGCUGGAUAUCUCAGUGGCGGAAUUGAUAGUUGUCAAGGAGAUUCGGGAGGACCAUUAUCUUGCCAAGACGUCGCGGAUGGACGUUACUACUCUUGGGGUGUUGUAAGUUGGGGAAAUGGAUGCGCCCAACCAAAGGCUCCUGGCGUCUACGCAAAAGUUGGGAAUUAUCUGGAUUGGAUUUCCGAGACGACAGGAAUCAAUUUUUAAUUGGAAAAGGGUGAAUUCAACGACGACACUCACAUUCUAUUUUAUCACGGAAAUGAAACAAUAUAUGUAUAAUAAAAGUCAACGCAUUUAUUAACAAACAUUCAAGUCUUGACUAAAAACACCUUGCUUUUAAAAUUUUGGG